GUAAUUAAUCUCUACGCUUCUCUCUUUGCAAUUACUCUUUGAGAGCCUCUCUCUCUAAAGGAUUGAGUAUUGUUGACUUGAGCGUUGGAGUGUUUUCCUCGAGGAAACAUCCUCGGGACUUUCAGGUGUAGAAGCAGCUGAAGACUUUCACGGUGUUGGAUCGUGAAGCUGCCUAAACAUUUGGCGCCGUCUGUGGGAAACCUGAACAAGAAGUCGUGCAGCUUAACCUGCUGAAAGACAAAAUGGUUCGAACCUUUACAGGAGGUCGCCCCCCAAGAAAUGAGAUGGACGAACAGGAAGACGCUCAAGUAUCUGAGCUCGGUUUGAAUGACUUUAGGCCAAUGCCAAGAAACCUCUUCGUCGGGGGAGCCGAACAGGAGCACCUAAGUGAAACAGAUGAUGAACGAACACCAACUGGGUAUGCAACCCAGCCUGAACAGUUCCAAGUUCCGACAGAAACAAGACGAAGACCUCCUAGACCACACAAUUCACAGCAUGAACGACCUGAAAGGUCAACAAAACCUGCUCGAACAACCGAGCUCGAAGAGAGAACCAGAGUUCUCGAAAUGGCAAUGGGUAAAAUCCUUGCCCGCCUAAUCCCUGACGACCCCCUGAUUCCUUUGUUGAACAAGGAUGCACAACCAGCUGCGGUUGUUGCAACUCAAAACUCCCCCGCUCUAAGCAACAUAAUAGUACCGACCAGGCCAAGGGGAAGUGGGAAGCUGAAUAUCGAGCCCAGCUCGUCCAAACACAGUGAAGAACUGAUGAGAAAGAACGCAGACCUUGAGAGACAGCUACAGGAUGUGCAAAAGUUUAUUGACGAGCUGAAAAGUCCCAGGUCGCGUCAACAGACUCUGGAUUUAGAUAGUGCCCCACUAAACUUAUCCAUCACAGCGGAGCCAUAUCAAAAGGGGUUCAAAAUCCCCCACUUAGAGACGUAUGAGGGCUCGGGUGAUCCGGAUGAACAUUUACACACCUAUCAGGCCAUCAUGAGAAUUCAAAAUGCUAACGACGCCAUGAUGUGCAAAGUGUUCCCGGCAACCCUGAAAUCAACAGCCAGAAGAUGGUACCAUAAACUCCCCAGACACUCUAUAGAUUCCUACUCCCAGCUCGCCAAGCUGUUCUCCAACAAAUUUGCAAGCCAGAGGGAGAUUAAACGCAUGGCGACUGAGCUGAUGCAAGUUCACCAGAAAGAGGGGGAAUCUUUGAGGGACUACAUGCAGCGAUUUAACAAAGCUACUUUAGAUAUCGAUAACGUCCCUGAUACCAUCUGCUUGUCUGCCCUGCUGCACGGUCUGAAACGUGGCAGGUUCCUAGAUGACUUACUGGAAAAUCCACCAAAGACGUGGAACGAAGUCAAUGACAGGUCAGCUAGCUUUAUACUAUCAGAGGACUUUCAGUCGUCCAAGCGGCGAGCUGAUGACAAGCAAAGCAAAGGCCAGGAACAGCUACCAAGAAGAGAGGAUAAGAAAAAGCAGAAAGUCAAUGAGCCGUGGGGGAAGCCAGCUGAAUUCCCAAAAUAUGCUAACUACGUCCCUCUGACCUUGCCAAGGUCUCAAAUUCUGGCACAAAUCCAACACUGGAUUAGAAGGCCCCCACCCCCGUUGCAUGAUUCUCCGAGAGCAGACAAGAGCAAGCAUUGUGACUAUCAUCGUGUAUACGGUCACAACACAGAAGACUGCCAACACUUGAAGGACGAGCUAGAGUUCUUAGCUCGCACUGGGAAAUUAGAGGGGUAUGUCCAGAAGCCUUACACCCAGCAAACAGCUCAAACCCACUUCGUGCAGAGGUAUGACCGACCUCAGGGGCAGAGGUACCAGCUCGGCAACACGCAGGACAUGUAUCAAGAUAAUCAAUACCUUUCCGAGCAGGGCAGAGCAUACAGAGGCCGCCAAUUCAAUAGGCGAGGCCAGGGUCAGAGACCUGCCACCCAGAGCCAAAAGGACAGAAGAGGAGUUGGGUGUACCACAAUACCCCCGUCGUCUGGUACAAUCAAUAUGAUCUCUGGCGGUAUGCAUUCAGGGGGCCAAAGUGCCCGCGCCUGCAAGGCGUACGCCCGACAGGUGAUGACCGUCAAUAAAAACCGGCCUUUGAAACGGCCAUUUGAGGAAGCAGAAUGGGAGGCUGCAGCUAUCACAUUCAGCCCGGCAGAUUAUAAGCGAGCAAACGGAGAACUCGAUGUUGUGAUGCCUCAUGCAGAUCCGUUCGUAGCAACGGUCCAUAUAGGCAAUCAUAACGUCAACAAGAUCUUUAUUGAUACAGGCAGCUCGCCAGAUAUCCUUUACUGGAGCUGCUUCCAGAAGAUGCAAUUGAACCCGAGCUCACUGCAGAAAUAUGAGGGACCCAUCUACGGGUUCGAUAAUCAGCCCGUCCUGGUGGAAGGGGUCAUAACUCUACCCAUCUAUGUGGGCUCAGAACCGCGCUUCAGGAUGGCUUCAGUCAGCUUCCUGGUCGUCAAAAUGGAGUCAGCCUUCAACGCCAUAUUAGGAAGGGCUACUAUGUGCGAGCUGAAGGCUGUUAUUUUACAGCCCCAUCUCUACAUGAAAUUCCCAACGCCUCAGGGAGUUAGGGUGCUAAAGGGGAAUCAAAGGAUGGCCAGGGCAUGUUAUCAGGAUACGUUUAAGAAGGUUGAGCUCGCUGUGGCCCCUAGAGGCUCUGAAAACAGAGGCCAACUCAGCCCGAAGGCAGAACCAGUGGAGCCAAUAGAAACAGUCCCUUUAGACACUAACGUGCCAGAAAGGACAGUUAAGAUCAGUACCAAACUCACAGAAGCAGAACAGGCAGAACUUCUGGAGUUCUUAAGGGCUAAUCAGGACGUAUUUGCGUGGGCUACAGAUGAAAUGCCCGACAUUCCAGCAGAGUUGAUGGUCCACAAAACUCAGCACGGACCCCACCAAACGGCUGGUAGUUCAGAAACGUCGCCUUUUGGCCCAGAAAAACAAGCUGCCAUAGACGAGGAGAUACAAAAGCUGCUACAGACAGGCUUCAUCAGGAGAGUGGAGUACUCUGAGUGGGUAUCUAACCCCGUGCUCAUCAAAAAGCCAAAUGGCAAGUGGAGGAUGUGUGUUGAUUUCACCAACCUCAAUGAUGCAUGUCCAAAAGAUCCUCAUCCCUUGCCAAAUGUGGAGAAGUUGGUAGAACGAGCAGCCAGACAUGAACGGAUGAGCUUUCUUGACGCCAGCUCAGGUUAUCAUCAGGUUCAGUUGCUGUUGGACGACCAGGAGAAAACAGCUUUCUACGCAGGUGACGCUAUUUAUUGCUAUGUGAUGAUGCCAUUCGGCCUGAAAAACGCUGGCGCUACAUAUCAGAAGCUGGUGCAAAUUAUCUUUAAGCUCCAGAUCGGCAGAAACAUAGAAGUGUAUGUGGAUGACAUGAUAGUCACCAGCGUGCAAGCUGAAGACCACAUAGACGACUUGAAUGAGACUUUUCAAAAUUUGCACCGAGUACAAAUGAAGCUGAACCCUAUGACAUGCACGUUUGCUAUAGAAUCAGGGAAAUUCCUAGGAUACGUGGUAUCCAAGAAAGGAAUCGAAGUGAAUCCAGAUAAGGUUCAGGCCGUUCAGCAGAUGGAGCCUCCCAAGAUUGUAAAAGAUGUACAGCGUCUGACAAGUCGUAUAGUUGCAUUGCACAGGUUUAUAGCCAGGUCGGCUGAAAGGUGCCUCCCGUUCUUUAAAGCUUUGCGACAGCCUAAAAACUUCCAGUGGACUGAUGAAUGUCAACAGGCAUUUGACGAGCUCAAACAGUAUCUGGCAUCAGCACCCCUACUGUCCAAACCCGCGGAAGGGGAGAGUUUAUGCAUGUACCUGGGGGUUACAGAAGAGGCAGUGAGCUCAGUUCUGCUCAGAGAAGAGAAUAAAAACCAGAAGCCCAUCUGCUAUGUGAGCAAGGUUUUGCAGGGUGCCGAGCAGAAUUACCCACUAGCAGAAAAGGCUGCUUUUGCCCUGGUUUACACAGCUCGUAAAUUGAGGGCUUACUUCCAAUCGCACCAGAUUGUUGUUUAUACCGAUUUACCAUUGAGAAAAAUACUGCAGAAACCUGAACUCUCUGGCCAGGCCGUUGCGGACUUUCUGGUGGAGUGCAUCUCAGCAAUUAAGGAAGAAAAAGCACCCGAACACCCAGUUUGGGUUUUGUAUGUUGAUGGAGCAGCUAACGUUGAAAGGUCGGGCGCUGGGGCUGUGUUAUUGGGCCCAGAUGGCUUUAAGUCCGAGCACGCAUUGAGGUUUAAAUUUCAGACGACCAAUAACGCUGCAGAAUAUGAAGCCCUCAUUUACGGACUGAAGUUGGCGUCCGAGCUGAAAGUGCAAAGCAUCCAGGUCUUUAGUGACUCUCAGCUCGUUGUGGGCCAGGUGAAUGGCAGUUGUGACAUCAGGGAUCCACAGCUCAGUCGUUAUGCCUCUGUGGUCAACAGAUUGAAGUCGUUAUUUGCCCUUUUCCAAAUUGAUAAAAUACCGAGAGCAGAUAACCACCGAGUUGACGAGCUAUCAAAGUUGGCCUCAUCGCAAGACGUUAAUCCUCAGAGAUCAAUGAUUGUCGAGGUACUCGACGCACCAAGCUACACUGAUUUCGCAGUUGAGUGUCAACUGUUAAGCACAGAUCCCUCUACAUCAAGUUGGACCACCCCGCUCACAAAUUAUCUACAAAGUGGCGAGCUACCUGAAGACCUGUCCGCUGCAAAAGUGAUUAAACGCAGGGCGGCACAUUUCACUUUGAUAAAUAACCAGCUCUACAAACGAGCAGCCUCAAUGCCCCUAUUACGCUGCCUUACUCCUUAUGAAGCUGAAUACGCUAUGAGGGAAGUUCAUGAAGGAGUAUGCGGCACGCACAUCGGUGGCAAAACUUUAGCUCGGAAACUCCUGAGGCAUGGUUAUUACUGGCCCACUAUGGUUGAGGACGCGCAGGAUUAUGUCAAAAAAUGUUCGACCUGCCAGUUCAAUGCUGAUGAUAUACAUAUGCCAGGGGAAAUGCUAUCAUCUCUUACGUCUCCCUGGCCCUUUGCUCAAUGGGGUGUCGACCUGCUCGGCCCUUUCAUCAAAGGCAAAGGAGGCUGCACUUUCUUGGUCGUUGCAGUGGAUUACUUCACUAAAUGGAUAGAAGCUAAACCAUUGUCCACAACAACGGAAAGGAAAAUAGAAGAAUUCUUGUUCAAUUCAAUAUUGUGCAGGUAUUCUUUGUUCCGACCAGUAGCACUGAGAUCGUUUUGCAACGACUAUGGCAUUGAACUCUCCUUGACGUCGAUGUACACCCCGCGGUCAAACGGACAGGCCGAGUCUGCCAAUAAGAUUGUUUUGCGAGGCCUCAAGACACGUGUUAUAUCCGCAUGUUCUAACUGGGUUGACGAGCUCAAUAAAGUACUUUGGUCAUGUCGCACAACACCCAGCUCGGCCACGGGCGAAAGCCCGUUCAGCCUGGCAUAUGGAGCAGAGGCCGUCAUCCCUGUCGAGGUCGGGCUGCCAUAUGCUAGAUUAGAUCGUCAUGACGAUCAGGUUAAUGGGAAACUCUUAAGAGAGAACCUAGACCUAGUAGAGGAAGUCAGGGAAAUGGCUCGAAUUAGAAACAUGGCACACCAAGGUAGUGUAGCAAGAUUCUACAAUAAAAGGGUCCGAGCUCGUCAGUUUCAGGUUGGCGAUCUGGUAUUACGUAAGGUUGGAUGAACUAACACAUAUUCCCACAUGGGCAAGCUCGCCCCUAAUUGGGAAGGACCAUACAUGGUUGCUCAAGUUAGCCGACCUGGAUCUUACGUAUUGGCAGAUAUGAACGGGCGCCAGUUACUGUUCACAUGGAACGUACAGAACCUUAGAAAAUUUUACAGUUGAUUUGUAUUAUUGUGAAAAUUUUGAAUAAUGUAUGAGCAGUUAU